GUAUCCAAACAGUUGGGUGUUGGUUACGGUACAGAAUGCAUGUCCAGGAAUUUCUUUUCAUUGCUGCGGUCCUAGUGCCCCAAUGCCUAAGGGCUUUGCGAUAUAACCAUCAGGGCACUGGCGAUGAGAACUGCGAGACCCUUAAAUCGGAAAUACAUUUGAUCAAGGAGGAAUUUGAUGAACUGGGACGCAUGCAGAGGACCUGCAAUGCGGAUGUUAUAGUCAAUAAAUGUGAGGGAUUAUGCAACAGUCAGGUACAACCAUCGGUGAUUACGCCAACGGGUUUUCUGAAGGAAUGCUACUGCUGUCGCGAAAGUUUCCUCAAGGAAAAGGUCAUCACACUCACCCACUGCUAUGAUCCUGAUGGCACUCGUCUAACAUCACAGGAAAUGGGCACCAUGGAUAUACGUCUGCGGGAGCCUACCGAAUGCAAAUGCUUCAAGUGUGGCGAUUUUACACGUUAACUUCCCCAUAAAUCCAAACGAAUAUUGAAUAUAUUUCAAAAAAUUGUAUGGCGAAUGUAAA